CUUUCGCCAAAUAACGCCUCUGUUUCACGCUCCAACCGCCUCAUCCCCUCGGCCGGUCGAUUACCCACGGUGACGACGGUUAACGAGCACUUUCGCGACGCCACCCACCCCCUCGCUCGCGCGUCCACCGCGCUCUGACAUUGUUCGCGGCCGUGGUUUCGCGUGGUUCUACGCGGCGGGCGACAAGCAAUCGCGAAAACACGCGCGAGAGAAGAGGGAUCGAUACGAAGGGUCCAAGGUCGUCGACCAUCGGGACACGAGUUUUGACAAACGGCUCGUUCGAGUGUGUUGGACGCACACGGAAAGCAGAAGAAAUGUUGAUACCGGUCUCGUCCUCGCCAUCCUCCACUCCUAACGGAGACGGCGCCAUCAAACUCUUCGUAGGACAGAUACCGCGCCACCUCGAAGAGGACGCGUUACGACCGAUGUUCGAGGAAUUUGGUAAAAUUUACGAGUUCACCGUGCUCAAGGACAAGUACACUGGCAUGCACAAGGGCUGUGCAUUUCUCACCUACUAUAGUCGUGACAGCGCAAUCAGUGCCCAGAACGCUCUGCAUGAGAAGCGGACUUUACCAGGGAUGAACCAUCCUACCCACCCACCU